AUGUUUAUUCCCAAUGAAGAUUACAUUUUCCCAAAAAAUUCUGGCCGUCAGUUUAGAUAUCUUUGGUUGAAAGAGUUUUCUUGGCUAAGAUAUUCUAAAAGUACUGAUGGAGCAUUUUGUUUAUCUUGUGUAUUAUUUGGCAAUAAAUUCAAACUAAGAUCACGUAAGUUAACACAUUUGUAUUUGGAGCCUUUCAAUAAAUGGUCUGAUGCUAUUAGAUCAUUUUCACAUCAUGAGUCAACUAAAAAUGGUUUACAUGCAUUUACUAUGCCUGUUUUUAAUAUUUUUUUGAGUCGUUCCUCAGGUAUAAGUCAACCAAUAAAUGUCAUCAUUGAUACUAAUGUAAAAGAAAAAAUAAUAAAAAAUCGCCAAAUACUUCGUCCUAUUGUUGAUGCUAUAAUUUUUUGCGGUCAAACCAAUACACCUUUGAGAGGCCACAGAGAUGAUUCACAAUAUCUUCCAGAGGCUGGAGAGUAUUCGAAAUGUGGAACUGGUUGUUUUAAUAAACUUUUAAAUUUUGCUGUACGCAAUGGAAAUGAUGUUUUAGGCUCUCAUCUUAAUAACUGUUCAAAGAAUGCCUCCUACAUUUCGAAGACUUCACAAAAUGAAAUUAUUAAACGCUGUGGUGAAGAAAUUAAUGAAGCCUGUGACUCAUCUACUAAAGAGCAAAUGUCAUUAGUUUUACGAUUUGUUGAUAGUGAUUUCAAUAUAAGAGAAGACUUUAUUCAAUUUAUUCAUUGUAGUGAAGGAGUUAAAGGAAAAGAUUUGUUUAAUGUUCUUUUAAAUUGUGUAAGCAACUUAAAUCUAGAUAUAAAAAACUGUAGGGGUCAGGGAUAUGAUGGAGCCAGUUCUGUCUCUGGGUAUAUAAAUGAAAAUAGACAAAAGUUUUUAGAAGCUAGCAUUUUAGAGCGAGAACCUCAAACGCAUAAAAAAAAAUUAAAAGAUAUCUGUAGAACUAGAUGGAUUGAGCGAAUAGAUGGUUUAAACACUUUUCUUGAGCAUGAUUUAUCUAUUUUCCAUGCUUUAUGUAUCAUGGCUUCCCCUGAGAGUUCUGUUAACAAAGACACACAAAACAAAUCUUCUACUUUUUUAAAUUCCAAUGGCACUUUUCAAUUCGUCUUUACUUUAGUUGUGACAACACGUGUCUUUGAUUUUACUUUACCUGUUACUCGGUUACUGCAAUCAAAAACUAUUGAUAUCUUAGACGGUUUGCACCUUAUUACAGCUCUUAAAAAUACAUUUAUUUCCAUCAGAAACGAUAUAGAUAGUUUUCAUAAUAACUGCUAUGAAGCAGCAUGUUUGCUUUCAAGUAAAGCUGAAAUUUCUGUUUUAAAACCAAGAACCUGUUCUAUUCAAAAAAAUCGUUCUAAUGUUCCAUCAGAGUCUGUUUCAGAUUACUUCAAAAGAGCUGUUACUAUCCCUCUUAUAGAUCAUGUAACUACAUCUAUAUCUACAAGAUUUAAAUCAGAAACUGUAGCUGCAUAUAAAGGGUUAUUAAUUAUUCCAUUUAAUAUUAUUUCUUUUCUUAAAAGACCCAAAACCCAAUUGUGUUGGAGGAAGCAGUUUGAAACAUUCUGUGAUUUUUAUAUAGAUGAUUUCCCUAAUAUCAGUGCCUUGAAUGGGGAACUAGUUCUUUGGGAAAAAUACUGGGAAAGUUUCUCUGGGACUAUUCCUGACAAUAUAUCUUUAACUCUUAAAUCGAUAUCAUUUCCUGGAUUUGAAAAUAUUAAGAUAGCUUUAAGGAUACUUGGGACACUUCCUGUUACUUCAUGUGAGUGUGAGAGGAGUUUUUCUGUUAUGCGUCGGUUAAAAGACUAUAUGAGAACAACAAUGUCAGAAGAUCGACUUAACGGUUUGGCAUUAAUGUAUAUCCAUCAAGAAAUUGUUCCUUGUAUUGAUAAUGUUAUCAAUAGAUUUUCUAUAAAAAAUAGACGACUUGAUUUCAAUGAUUAG